CUCUUCUCCGCGAGUAUCAAAGUACUGUCCAAAAUCCAUUUGUUCUACACUCCAACUAUAGUUUCCAAAUAUGGAUGCAAAAGAAACCGAAGCGAUGCUGAGGGGGCAAGUAGCCAUAUGGCAGAACUUAUUCGGAUUCGCGGACUCUAUGGCCCUGAAAUGCGCUGUGGAGCUCGGCAUAGCCGACAUCAUACACUCCCAUGGCCGACCUAUUACGUUGGACCAGAUCGCCGCUUCCAUCAACGAAUCCUCAUCCCCGGAUAUUCCCUCGCUUGCACGCAUCAUGCGGUUGCUCGUCCGCCGGGACAUAUUCGCUGUCCAUCGACAAUUGGACAGUGGCGGCACGCUAUACGGGCUUACUCACUCUUCAAGGUGGCUGGUGACGGAGUCAGAGUCGAACCUGGCUCCCAUGGUCACCAUGCAAAACCACCCGCUCCAGCAGGCUCCAUGGCAUUACUUCGCUCAAUGUAUUAAAGAAGGAGGAAUGCCGUUUAUGAAGGCACACGGGGUGGAGUUAUGGGAGAUGGCAUCGAUGAACCCUCACUUCAACAAGAUGUUUAACGAUUCAAUGGCAUGUACCACCAAGAUCGUCAUGCAGGCAGUCGUAUUGGCUUAUAAGGACGGGUUCACAUCCAUCGGAUCGCUCGUGGACGUGGGUGGUGGGAUCGGCGAAGCGAUUGCUGCGACUGUAAAGGCAAACCCCAACAUCCGAGGGAUCAACUUCGACCUGCCCCAUGUCGUGGCCACUGCACCGGCGUACCCGGGAGUCGAGCAUGUCAGCGGGAACAUGUUCGAGUCCAUUCCGGCAGCUGAUGCUGUCUUCAUGAAGUGGAUAUUGCACGACUGGGGUGACGAAGAUUGCGUGAAAAUUCUGAAAAACUGCAAGAAGGCGAUGCCGGAAAAACUGGGGAAGUUGAUCAUAAUAGAAGCGGUUUUGCAGCCGGAAGGUCACGAGCUGUUCGAUGACGUUGCCAACAUAAUGGAUCUGGUGAUGUUCGCGCACGUGUCGGGGGGAAAGGAGAGGACCGAGAUGGAGUGGAAGAACCUUCUGGCGGAAGGAGGUUUCCCUCGAUACAACAUAAUCAAGAUCCCCGCUCCUUAUUACAUCAUCGAAGCCUUCCCUAAUUGAUCUACUUUCGGCUUAUCGGUUUCACGAAUUUUAUGUGCCUAAUGUUGAUUAUUAUUUUUUUGAUAUGUGCCUAAUGUCGAACGUUGCAGCUCCUUAUAAUUGGGCAAGUGUUAAUUAAUGACUGUUUUACGAUCA